CUGUUUCUGCUAGGUUGUGCCUUUGAAGCCGUUCUGGCUGCUGGGAUUAUCUGCGCUGGGCCCCCGGCUCCUACUUUCCUUGCCCUGCGGCGAUUGCCUGGCUCUUCCUUUGUCAGACCAAGCUAUCAGUUCUCCGUCUCCCGCUGAAGAACUUUUAUUGUCUUGGGUUGAUAUGAAAGCCCCAGAUCGAUGCAGGACGGAGAGCACAAAUUACUUGGGUGUCUGUGGUAUCUUUACAAGCCAGAAGCUUUGGGACUUUUUCCGUGACACCCCGGGGGAUUUGUUCAUCUUUUGCUUGGUCAAUGAUGGCAUCGACAUCUCGCAUUUCUUCCUGAGAGCAUGCAAACAUCGAUGUAGCUGCCAGAAACCUCUAUUACUAAGUGUCUUUUACUAAGCAGAUGCAAUAAAGCAUUAAAGGAAAGAGAUUCAUAAGAAACAGCUGGCACGCACAGCAGUCGCAUCUGACUUGUGGGUUACAGCAAGCCGUGUUUACGAUCAGUUUUGGGGAUCGGUGUGAAUUGCAGCCCCACAGUGCUGGUAACCAGAUGGGCAGGGAGCCGCAGGGAUCCCCUCCCCUUCAGAGGCAGCCCAGCACUUUUGAUGAAGACGCUGUAACGAGGAACCGUUUCCCCUGAGCGCUCGUGUCCCCUUGCACCCCAUGUUUUGCUCAGCUGCACAAACCGAAGUCUGCGCCGCAGCAGCGAGUUCCUCCGGGGAUGGAAGAUUGACCCAGCCUCAGGGAAGGGCCACUCUGGGGUUGCUCUGCUAAGGACCAGAUACCAAGACGCCUGUCCUUUCCCAGCUUUCCGAACUAUACCCCUGGCGUCUGCGCUCAGUGAUAACUGCAUCUUAAAAGCAGGGGAGCAAAUAAAAGGCAGGCGAUAGUUUGCCAAAUUAUGGAAUUUCUCCUUGUGUGUCUCUGGGUGGAGGAGGAAACGAGGAAGGCAAUUUCACAGCAGACGGCUUGGGAACGCCUCCUGCGCUCCCUCCCGCUCCGGCUAUUUAGCCUCCAGGAGGCCCUGCCUGGAGCUGCCUCCCGCAGGACUCCAUCCGCCCGCGCCGAGAGGGUCCGGCCUCCGAGACGAUGAACUGCAGCAGGUACCCGGUGGAUGUGAAGGCUGUAGGCGUGAUGCAAUGCCAAAAGCAGAAGAACUACAUGAUGUUUGUGUCCUGGUCAGAUCGAAACAACAUUCUCAUUUACCGGACAUUCGAAGAAUUUAAGAGAUUCCAUAAAGACCUGAAGAGAAAAUUCCCCAUUGAGAGUGGUUCACUGAGGAGAUCAGACCGGACUAUACCCAAGUUUAAAGAUGCAACUGUGAAGCAGAGAAAGAGCGGGAAGUUGAACAGGUCCUUGGAGAGAUUAAAACUGCUGGAAACUUACUCCCGGGAGCUGCUGAAAAUGGAUGCUAAAAUCUCCCAGAGUGAAAGUGUGAUUCAGCUUUUCAAGGCACAAACCCAAGACUUAGAUCCUUCCUUUCCUGAAAACAGUGUUGUGAUCAUGCCAUCAGAAAUUGGAGGGGAAAAGAAGAAACAGCCGCAGCAGCACCUCUCUAUUACCCAUCCACAGGCAUCUCAGAGCUACAGAUGUAUUGAAACCUUUGAAACCAAAGACACAAAAAACAAGACUUUCAAAGUUGCUGAGAAGGAAAUUGUUGAAGUGUUAAUCAAGGACAUGACCGGGUGGUGGCUAGUGGAAAAUGCAGACAAGCAGAUAGCCUGGUUCCCAGCCCCGUACCUGGAAGAGAUUGAUGUCCACAAGGACAUCCAGAAUGCCUUGAGCUCAAAAGAAGAGGGCAGCUUGUAUUUUGCUGUGCGAGCCUAUGAGUCUCAGAAGGCCGACGAGCUCUCUCUGAACAACGGGGUCAUCGUGGAGGUAGUUAGGAAAUCUGACGACGGCUGGUGGCUGACCCGGUACAAUGGACAUACAGGCUACAUCCCCUCCAUGUGCCUCCAGCCCUACAAGAAUCCUCACAGCAGGCUCCAGACCAUCAUGAGCUGCGGGCUCAACGCCUCCACCCCUAACCUCUCCUCCUCCCUGGGGGCUCUUCAGGCCCUGGACGAGGUGGCAGGAAAGAGCGUGGUGCAGGCUCGCCCUCCCCUUGACCAGACUGAAGGAGGGACUUCUUCAAGAAGCAGAUCGAGAUCUCUGCCCAGGGCCAGCUCCACUUCAGAUCUGGCGAGUGAUAGCUCGUCUCUCAGCUCAGGGAGCGAGCAGGAUGGCAGGCCAGGCUGGAAGCCCGACUUAUCAAGGUCUCUGCCUGAAGUCGAGCAGGCCAGGAGCUCUUUCCUGGGGAAGGCCUUGGUGACACACAACAGCAAGUCUCCACACCUCACCCACAAAGACAGGAACGAUUCUGGCUUUGUGGAGUCAUCUGCAGCUGAUUUAAGUUGCUCCCUCGCUGACUCAGACUCGGCUGCCCAUGUCCCCAAGGUGCCUGCGCGCCCCUCGGCCCAUGAGAUCCUGCAGAAGUGCAGCACCAUCACGAAGCGAGCCAUGCAGCAGUCAGCCUCCCGGCCGGCCCUCCUGCCCCUGCACACUCUCCAGAGCGUGCGGUAGCGUGCCUGCACCUCGGAGGGGCACAGCCGCUGCCCGGGCCAGCGCCGCGGCUGAACAAAACGCCAGCUACCCUCCUCGCCGCCGCUGCGGGCAGCUGGCACGAGGAGGGUCAGUGCUGGGGACUGCUGCUUUUCAAGGACAUGGUGCUUAGCUCCUGAUGGAACAGAACAUGUCUGUGAAAGUUACUCAACCAGGUUGUGCUUACUCAUUUUGCAGCUUGCAGGGAAAGGCCAAGGUGUGUGGAAGGGCUCUCAUGCCUGGGAAUGGUCAGCAGCUGCUGAAUGGCUGUCAGAACAGAAAAUACAUACUGGCAAAAUACAUCUGACCUUUCCCUGUAGAGACUUCUGUGCAGGCACAGAAGAAAAAACAGUUACAGUAUAGUUUGUUUCCUUACUGGGUAAGUUGUCUGGGGCCAGAGCUCAUGUUGAUGAAUAAAACAUCCCCCUUUCAAGGGGGUUCUGAUAUUUACUGAAAAUUACAGUAAUUCCUACCCCUAAACUCAUUUGCUAAACCUGAAUUAGAAAGUCAGAAAAAUCUAAGACUUCUAUAUAGAUUGUUACUUCUGAUUUUAGUUAAUCUUCCAGCUAUCUGUUAAUUUUUCUGAAACAAGCAUUUUAACCAAUGUGCAAUGUUUUUGUAUUGUUCUAGAUUACAUACAUUUCUGUCUCUGAAAUAAAUAAAAAACAUGUAAAUAUC